GUAAAUCUCAGUUUCAAAAAAGUGACCCUUACGACUGGUUUUGUGGUCCAGGGUCACAUUAUAAAUAAUGACCUUCCCCAUAGUAGUAUUUGUAAACUCGCGUCCCGGAAAUUCACUUGUCAAGAUGGCGACGCGCAUUGCAAGCAUGAGGUUUUCGUGCACAAUAUUUCAACCAGUAUUGACAUUGCGAUGUCAUUCAGUAAAUAUAAAAAGAUAUGUGCGUAGACGCAGAUGUGUGUCUGGUUUAAUUCAAGUGAGCGAUUCGAUAGAAAAUUCGAAACGGGUCGUCAGUCAAAAGGAACAUUUAUUACAAGACAACAUUUUCAAAAACGCUGAAAAAGCCAGCAUUCAACGACCCGACUGUGCUAGAUAUGACACCCGAAGCUGUGGCAACAUCUCGGAUUCAGUUCAGUUCUCACAGUUACCUCAGAAAAAGGUGAUAAAUGAUGACACUCAUCGAUUCACAACAUUGUCCCGUUUCGGAGAAGUUGAUGGUUUGCUGUAUGAGAAAGCACAGCCUGGGGACAAGAGUUUGACGAGGUUGGUCAACAUAGCUCGAUCUAAGAAGCUUCGUGAGCAGCAAGGUAAAGUUGUUUUGGAAGGAAAGCAUCUUAUACGCAGCGCUCUGGAUGCAGGGGCCAUAGCACAAACUGUUUAUUUCAGUUCUGUGGAUGCACUGCGGGAGCUCCCCCUGGAUAAACUCAGACGUACCAGCACUGUGAAAGUCAGAAUGGAAGACACCAAAUUCUGGUCUGAUCUUGACAUCUCAAAAAACAUAAUAGCCAUAUUCAAACGUCCCGUAGCAUCAAAUUUAACAUUCUGUGAAGAAAAGUAUGGCAAGCCGGUGCCUCUAACACUGAUUUGUGACAACGUGAGAGAUCCUGGAAACCUGGGCGCAGUGUUACGCUCUGCUGCCGCUGCCGGGUGUCAUAGUGUGCUGCUGACUAAAGGAUGUGUGGAUGUUUGGGAGCCCAAAGUCCUUAGGGCGGCCAUGGGUGCUCACUUUCGUCUCCCCGUAAUCCCGAGUCUAACGUGGAGUGAUAUUUCAAGUCACCUGCCAAAAACAGCAACUGUUCACGUAGCCGACAACUGCAGCACCACCAUUACCGAAGAUGACAAUACCGCAAUCCCUCAAAAACAAAAAAAGCCUUCAGAUUAUGGUUGGGUCAGAGGACAUCAGUAUCCAAGGAAGGUGCAAUAUGAGGAUGGUGAUUUGUGUGGUUUUGAGGAUUAUGAUAGUGGUAAAUCCCUCGAGACACAGUAUUAUUACAAUGACUGGGUUGCUAGGCACACAGGCCUGGUAAUUGGUGGAGAAACACACGGUCUGAGUCGGGAGGCUUUGCAAUUGGCUGAGAGGACUGGAGGGCGGAGGUUACUGAUCCCUAUGGUACAUGGUGUGGACAGCCUGAACUCCGCCAUGGCUGCAAGUAUUUUGCUCUUUGAAGGAAGGAAGCAGCUGCUGUCACUGGCUGAGAAGAAGUUGAGUGAGACCACAGCUUCAUAAAAAAGAUGCUGAAGCCAUGCAAUCAAAACAUAUUUGUUAUGUAAUAUUAAAAUCUUUUUCUGUUUGUCUGUAAAUGAAAGCCUUUAUUCUGAUUCAUUCAUUCAUUAAACAAAAACAAAAUGAAGAUAUUCUUGAUUUAUUAGAUAUAUAAUAAGUGAAUGCUCCGGACACAUACUAUACGUCCAUCAAAUACUUUUACUUCAAACUUCCUAGAUUCCAGCCUCAGCCCAAUCAGAAGUACCAGUACUUACAUAGAAACCUAUACAAGGUAGCCAGAAAGAAAUGCUAAUUUUUACAGAAAUACGUCAGAUGGAUUUAGUGGCUUUUGCAUCUGAACUCUUCAUAUAUAAAAUAUGAAAUAAAAUAUUUCAAAUAUAUAAAACAAAUAUACCGUACUUGUCAAAAGUUUGGAAACACUGUGAUUUUUAAAGGGGUCAUCGGAUGCAAAGUUCACUUUUACAUGUUGUUUGAACAUUAAUGUGUGUUGUCAGUGUAUGUACAAAUCUACCCUAUAAUGAUAAAAAUCCAUGCAGUGGUUUUUAAUUAAUCUGUAAAAAUAAUAUCUCCUUUUUCAAAUCAAGCCAUUCUCAGAUGCCUGUCGGUGUGGUGUCACACCCUCAAGAGGCUGCUCCCACGGUAGUUGAUUGACAUGAGCGUCUUACCUCAGACCCGCACUAAAUCAGCUGUAACAGUCCAACCUCCAUUGUUUUGAUGCCGGAGCAGGGAUGUAAGUUAGACAAGAAUAUCUCAGAUUGAGCGAUUGAGGUGUUGUGUUGCUGGAUGUAAUAAUGAACAUGGUGGUCGUCAUUUACUCCCGACAUUUGAGCCGCUGAAGAUGCAGUGGGUUACGUUUGUUUGUGAAUGGAAUGCUCCUCUUGAUCUACAUAAAUGCAUCUAUGUUUGCGUGAAUCAUUUGUGAUCCAGCUUCA